AUGGCGAUGGAGGGGCCGUCGGUGGAGGUGCCGCCGUACUUCCUUUGCCCGAUCUCGCUGGAGAUCAUGCGGGACCCCGUCACGCUCGCCACCGGCAUCACCUACGACCGCUGCAGCAUCGAGCGCUGGCUCUCCGACGGCCACGCCACCUGCCCCAUCACGCAGCAAAAGCUCGCGGAGGCCGACCGGGAGGCCACGCCCAACCACACGCUCCGCCGCCUCACCCAGGCCUGGUGCGCCCUGCACGCCGUCGAGCGCUUCCCCACCCCGCGCCUGCCCCUCGACGCCGGCCGCGUCGCCGCUAUCGUCGAAGAGGGCCAUGGUGCGGGCAGGCAGAAGGAGCUGGCCGCGCUCCGGGAGAUCAAGUCCAUCAUCGCCGAGAGCGACCGCAAUAGGCGCUGCGUUGAGGCCACGCCCGGGGCCGUCGAGUUUCUCGUCUCCGUCUUCAGGAACCAUGCCACCAUGUCCAAGUCGGCAGAAGAUUUGUUAGAACUGUCUCUGGAUUCCCCGUCGUCCACGAGCUCGCCAGAGGAGGACGCGCUCAGCGUCAUCUGCUCGCUCAAGCCGUCCAAGAAGAGCCUGGUCCGGAUCCUCGAGAAAAACGGAGACUUCCUGGACACCCUGGUGUACAUGCUGCGGCGACCCAGCUACCGGUCCCGCUGUUACGGCAUCCUCCUGCUCAAGGCGAUGGUGUCUGUGAUGGAGCCGGCGCGUCUCAUGGCGGUGAGGACCGAGGUGGUGCUGGAGGUGGUGCGCCUGGUGUCCGACAGGGUGUCCACCAAGGCGGUGAAGGCGGCGCUGCACGUGCUGUGCCGGCUGUGCCCAUGGGGCCGGAACCGCGUCAAGGCCGUGGAGGCCGGCGCGAUGACUGUGCUGGUGGAGCUGCUCCUCGACGAGGGUGGACGGCACCCGACCGAGCUGGCCGUGGUGGCCAUCGACCAUCUCUGCGGUUGUGCGGAGGGGCGGUCGGACUUGGUGGCGCACCCGGCAGGGCUGGCCGUCGUGUCCAAGAAGGCUAUGCGAGUGUCCCUGACCACCACCGAGAGCGCGGUGCGCGCUCUGCACGCCGUGGCAAGGCAUUCGCCGACGCCGGCCGUGCUGCAGGAGAUGCUGGCCGUCGGGGUGGUGGCGAAGCUGCUGCUGGUUCUACAAGUGGACGCCGGCGAGCGGGCCAGGGCCAAGGCCAAGGAGCUGCUCAAGAUGCACGCUAGGGUUUGGAAGGACUCCCCAUGCUUGCAAGCGCACCUCAAGGCGCAUUACCCUUGCUGA